UUAAAGAAGGUAUAUUUCUUAUCAGAAGGUCAAUAUGGACGUCUAUGAACAAAUUAUUGGGUAUCUUCAAGAAAGUUUUAAUCCUCUAUUUUCAAAACAAGUGGAAAAAGCUCUUGAAAUAGAAGAAUCAAAAGAAGGAUUUGUUGAGAUUGUGUUAAGAAUUGUUUCAUCGGAUAGGAUUGAUAUGCCAACACGUCAAGCAGCUUCUCUUCUUUUUAAAAAUUUUAUACGAAAAAAUUGGAGAGGAGAGGAGGAUUGUGUUAAAAUAUCAGAAAAAGAUCGUUUAAUGAUUAAAAAAGAGAUUGUUAUGUUAAUGAUAUCUAUACCCUCUAUUUUGCAGGUACAAAUUAGUGAAUCUAUUAGCAUAAUUGCGGAGAAAGAUUUUCCUGAGAUGUGGCAUACGCUUAUUGAUGUUUUUUUUUUUGAAGAAAUGUAGUUUUAGAUUGAUUUGAUUGUAGGAUCUUGUCUCUUAUUUAUCGUCGAAUGAUAUGAUAGUUAAUUUGUGUAUAUUACAAACAGCACAUUCCAUUUUUGGAAGAUGGAGAUCACAGUUUAGAAGUGAUUCAUUAUUUAGUGAAAUUUUAUUUGUUUUAGAGAAAUUUUGUACUCCGUAUAAGAAUCUUUUUCAGAGAUUAGACGAAUUAAUUAUGCAGAACUCUGAAAAUAGGGAAGCAUUGGAUCUUCUUUUUAAAAAUUUAAUUUUAUGUAUAAAAAUAUUUUAUGAUCUUAAUUGUCAAGAUUUACCGGAAUUUUUUGAGGAUAAUAUAGAACAAUGGAUGGGUUUAUUACAUAAAUAUUUAAAUUAUUCUAAUCCACUAUUGGUUUCAGAGGAUCAUGACAUAGAAGGGCCAUUAGAAAAAGUUAAAUCUAAUAUUUGUGAAAUUGUAGAAUUGUAUACUCAGCGUUAUGAAGAUGCAUUUUCUAUGCUACCAGAAUUUGUAAAUACAUCCUGGAAUUUAUUAACCAAUACAAGUUUUGAAAAAAAAAAUGAUAUUCUUGUAGAAAAAAUUAUGGCAUUUUUAACAUCUGUAGCAAAGAUACAGCGAUAUUCUUACAUUUUUAAAUCACAAGAUGUUCUUAGACAUCUUAUUGAAAAUAUAAUUUUACCUAAUAUUUCUUUUCAAGAAUCUGAUAAAGAGUUUUUUGAGGAUGAUUCAGUAGAAUAUGUUAAACGGGAUUUAGAAGAGUUUGAUUGUAAUUUAAGAAGAAACGCUACAAGUAAUUUUGUUCGAGCAUUACUGGAGCAAUUUGAAACAGAUGUCGUUUCUAUCGUUUCAACUUAUAUAAAUCACUAUUUAGUUGAAUUUCAAAAAGAUAAAAGAAAAAAUUGGAGAGCAAAAAAUACGGCUAUAUACCUUUUUUUUUCAAUUACGAUAAAAAGUUCUGCAAAUAAAUUGGGUGUAACAUCUGUUACUACAAUAACAAACGUUGUUGAUUUUUUCUCUCAAAAUAUUUUUCAGGAUCUUAGUUUACUAUCUGAAGAUAUUCAUGCUAUGUUAAAAAUGAUUUUAAUAAAAUAUGUCUAUAUAUUUAGGAAUCAGUUACAAAGAGAUCAAAUUCUAAGCUGCCUUCCAUUACUUAUAAAUUAUUUAAAUUUUCCAAAUUAUGCAGUUUAUACAUAUGCAGCCGUUACAAUUGAAGCUAUUUUGAAUCUUAACAAGGAGGAAGGUUUUUUGAUUGAAAAAAUGGAUAUUGUUCAGUUAUCUAAAGAAUUGUUGGAUAAUCUUUUUAAAUUGAUUGAAAAAGCAUCUACUCUGGGAAAGUUAUCUGAAAAUGAUUUUUUAAUGAAAUGUACAAUGAGAGUUAUUGCUACUAUUAAGGAUGGAAUAAUUCCUUUAAUUGAUACAAUAUCUUCUUAUCUAAUAAAUAUUAUUUUAGAAAUAAGCAAAAAUCCAUCUAACCCUAAAUUUAAUCAUUAUGUUUUUGAAUCUUUGGCAAUUUUAAUAAGAUACUCUGCCCCAAAUUCAAGAGAAAUUUUGUUGCGCUUAGAAAGUUCAUUGUUUCCUUCACUUCGGUUAAUUCUUCAAAAUGAUGUAACCGAAUUUAUUCCAUAUGUAUUUCAAAUAUUAUCACAGCUUCUUGAGUAUCAUAAUUUAAGUUUACCUGAUAUUUAUAAAUUACUUGUUCCACCUAUUUUAUUGGCAUCAUUAUGGGAGUCUAGAGGAAAUGUUCCUGCUUUAGUGCGUUUUUUAAAAGCUGUUAUAUCUCAAGAUCCACUUUUUAUUGUAAAUAGUAAUUAUAUAGAACAAAUUCUUGGAAUUUUUCAAAAAUUGAAUUCAUCUCGACUCGAUGAUCAUUAUGGAUUUGAACUUUUAGAAACUGUUUUUCUUCAUCUUCCUGCGUCUGUUAUAGAGCCUUAUGUCAAACAAAUAUUUUUACUUCUCUUAACACGGCUUAAUCAGUCUAGAACAGGAAAAUUUGUUGAAUGUUUUAUUCAAUUAAUUUUCUUUUUAUCUGCAAUUAAUAAAAAAGAAUACGGGCCAGAUUAUUUCAUAAAUGUUAUUAAUAAUAUACAGACAGGAUUGUUUGAACAAGUUUUCUCAAUGUUUUGUUUACCUGGAGUACAGAAUAUCAAAGAUACAAUUGAUCGUAAAACAUGUUCUAUUGGUAUGAUUAUAAUGCUUUGCAGAGGAUCCGCUUUGCAAGAAAUAAAAUAUCCCACGCUUUGGUCUUCUACAUUAAUAGCUAUUCUAAAGCUUUUUGAAUUACCAUUUGAAGUUACAAAAAAUGAUGAAAUAAUUGAAGUAGAUAUCGAUGACAUUGGUUUUCAAGCAAGUUUUUCUCGUUUAGCGUUUUCAGUAAAAGCUAAACAAGAUCCAUGUAUGUUUAUUAAAGAUCCGAAAGCAUUUCUUAUAGAAGAGUUGAUGAAAGGGAAUUCUGCAAAUAGAGGAAAUUUUUCUCGGAUUAUUAGUACAAUGUCAGACGAUGUUAAAACUGUUUUAACUACAUAUGGAUAUAUUAUUUAAAUUAAAUAUGUAUUGUAUGUUUUAAAUAAUAUUAUAUAAAUGAAGAAACAAUAUAUAAAUUAAUAUAUUCUAGUUCUUAUUUAUAAUUUUUACAACGUAGUAUUACAUGUAUAUGUUGUCAAGAGUUUUGUGCCUUUUUUUGUUUUGCAUAAUAUAUCUCAAAAGAACUAGUUGAGCUGAUGGAGUAAUGCCUUGAAUUCUUUUAGCUUGUGCAAGUGAUUGUGGACGUAUAGAAUUUAAUAAUUCCUUUUCUUCUAUGGAUAAAUUAUUUAGCCUUAUAAUAAUGAGAUUAAUGUUUAGUAAAGAACAUAUAUUACUUAUUAUAAUCUAUAUCUGGAGGAAAAAUGAAUUCUUCGUUUUUUUGAAGAAGAUAGCGAUUUUCAAAUUCUUGCCGAGUUAUGAAUUCAGAAUAAAUACCUUAAUUUUUAAUGAAUAGUAAAAAUAGUAGAGAAAAUACUUUCUAUGUUUAG